UGUACUGUAGCGCUAUACACACAAGUCGCAAUGAGUUACAGUCCAGGUUAUCGUGAAAAUUGGAUGGAACGUUUGACUGCUCAAGUCCCUGAGUUUUCAAGCCGCCCGCUCACCUCUAUUGCUUUUCCUGGAUCACACGACUCUGGUACAUCAACCAUAAGUAGCCAGUCAUCACUGCUGCGUGACAGUCCCAUGGCGUAUCGCUUCCUAGCCAACAUCCCCGUGAUUGGCUCAUGUUGUGUCAAGCCCGUCAUUGCGAGGUGGGCGCGGUCACAAGACCUAAGUGUGGCGGAGCAAAUGGAAAACGGCAUUAGAUACUUUGAUUUUCGUGUUGCUCGGGGAGAUGCCAGCAAUGGACUACCAGACAAAAACUUGUGCUUGUGUCAUACACUGAGAGGUGAUCCUCUUGCUCCAGCCUUGGAAGCAGUUGCCCAGUUUGUAGAGAAACAUCCAAAUGAGAUUAUAUUUCUCGAUUUUAAAGAAUUUCAUGACUGGGAACAGGACAGUGACAAUAGUUUAAUUGAUUUGAUUAAAGAAACUGUUGGUCCUUUUCUCUAUCCAUAUGAUGCAUCGAAACCAAUCUCUGUGACACCAACUAGCAUGAGGGAGGCAAAAAAGACGAUAAUUCUAAGGUACCUCAAACAGUCUGUAACAGACGUGUACAAGGACUUCUGGCCUGAGAACUCUAUUGUGAGUCCAUGGAUAGAUACAGCAAGCCCACAUACACUUGUGACGUCGCUUUGUGACAAUUUGAAAGCUGGCCACACAAAGAACAGUUUUUAUGUGUCACAAUGUAUUUUAACACCAGUAGCCUCAACAGUUUUGAAAUCUGUUUGCUGCUGCUGUAGCCCGUGUUGUCAUGGACCAAGAAAUCUGCAAGAACUGGCACAAGAAGCAAGAGAACCUAUUCUUGAAUGGUUAAUAAAAAAUGAUACAGCUAGGCAAGAUAUCAACGUAGCUAUAUCUGACUUUGUUGAUGCGGACAAGUUUGCUUUCAUUGAUGCCAUAAUUGGAUUGAAUAUUUCUCGUUCCUGAUUCACAAGUAUUGUUUUGAGGAAGUUGUCAAUUCUCGCUUAUCAGUGGUUAUUUAGUGAUUGAAGUGAAGAAAUGUGAUUUUGUAGAUUUGGUUUAUGUCAGAUUUGUGUGUAUUGGCUUGAUUGUAGUAAUAGCAUUAUAUGCAUGCAUAUUCUGGUAGGUAUUAAUCACCAAGUUUGUUGACUAUUUUUGAUUUGCAAUCGAUACUGCUAGCAAUGUAUUAGAGCCAUUCAUAAUAAAACAAAAUUUUUCUCUUG